AUGACUCUUGCUUGGGGCAUAAUUCUGAUCUGCAGCAGAAUGGCUUUUCCUUUGAAGGUCAGAGCUAUCUGGCCUGCACCAAUGGCCAUGAACCAAGGAUCAGGUCUUUUGGUACUAAACUCUAACUUCACAUUUGUUUACGUCAAAGAAUUGCCUUCCAGUACUUGGAAACCAUCUCAGGAUCCAGAGAAAGCCAUUGAGGAAACUUGCCAGGGAAUCCUGAAUGACAAUCAUUGUGUCUUGGUACCUGACAGAGGGGAGUCCCUUCAAGCUGUGGUUACUUCAUCCAAAAAUCUGGACAAGCUUGAGCUUAAGCUUGCAUCAGAACCCCUAGGCAUGAAGAGAAAUGAUUAA